UCAGUUCUGCUAUAUAUAACAUAUAUCAUCGAUCCUCAAUUCCACAACAUCCCCUUCAUCAUCUCCUCCUUGAAUACAUAGGACUAAACACUCUUUUCAGUUUUUGAUAGUAGGUCUACUCUCUUCUCUUGAGACUAAAGACGAUGACUACUUCUCAUUCGCAAUCCAAAAAUGAUUCAAACUUGUCAACCAAAGUUUUACAGAGAGCUCUGUUCAUGGCUCAAGUGGUGACCAGGACAUUAGUCAUUGCAUACACUGUGGGGGCAAUAUCAUUACUGCUCACUAGCCGUGAAUAUGCCUUCGUUUUUACCCAAAAAUUCACUGCCGAGUACUCGUAUUCAUCUGCAAUGAGUUACAUUGAAAUAUCCACCUUCAGUUUAAUUAGUCUGUCAAUUCUUACUUUUUUUCUAUCUGGUUUUUGUUUUUGUUUUUGUAGGUUCUUGUUUGUUGCAGAUAUUGCAGUAUGUGCCUUGUCAAUUCUGUCACUGGCCUAUGUUUCCGUUGUACACUGUUCAGGAUCAACAAAUCCUGCAAACAAUUUCAUUCUCUUCUUGCAUGACAUGGUAACGGCAAUGGUGAUGUUAGCAGGAUGUGCAGCAGCAACCGCAGUGGGUUAUGUGGCUCACUAUGGGGAAACCCGAAUGGCUUGGCAGCCUAUUUGCUAUAUGGUGCCCAUGUUUUGCCAUAAAACUGUGGUGUCAGUCACCUUGUCAUACUUGGCUUUCUUUUCCUACUUCGCACUUGCUACUAUCAAUGCCUACAAACUUACCUCUCCAAACUGA